UCCACCCACAGCAAAGUAAAGGGAGUCAUGAGCUGAGAGGAAAGGAACUUGAAAGGAAUUCGCACUACAUGUAACAAGGAAUCUGCUCCACUCUCGUGCCCCUGUGGUUAUUUUCCUCCUAUGGCAUUUUACCGGGAAGAUAGCCAAGAAGACGCGCGAGAGUGCCCGGUGUGCUAUGAGGGUCUGUCAGGCGCAGAGAGGACUCUGAGCUGCGGGCAUGUUUUCUGCCACGACUGUUUGGUCAAAACGCUGGUCAGCAUCAACAGCGAUGGAAAAAUCAGAGACACUAUUGCCUGCCCUAUCUGCCGACAUCUCACAUUCAUCAAGAAACAGAAGGAAGCCCUGGUGUCCUUCGCGACGGAGAAGGAUCCAGAUGAUGAAGGGCAGACGCUGGAGGUCCCUCUCCCUCUGCCUCUUGGACAGCUCCAGAGCGCACGGCGCGCCUCCGAGGACACUUUACCCAGAGGACUAAACUGGAUUGUUCACUGCUUGGGGUGGAUGUCUGAUCGAAUCCGUCGACAGAGGUUGAUCAGACCCAGCCAUAACGCGUCUCAGAUCUUUAUCAUAAGCGCUCAGGGGCGACCUAUGGCUGAGGAAGAUGCGCUCAGCGUUGUGAUGACUGUGGUCCAGCCGCAGCGCAGGAGAAGGCGCAGGAUUUGCACAACUGCACGAUGCUUGGUUGUUUUAUUAUCUGCAUUUACUUUAAUAGCACUUAUAGCUGCAACUCUACCCUGGAUUUUGCUGGCAUAG